AUGAGGCUGCAGAAGCCAAAACAGCAGAAGAAACAGCGACGGAAGCGCCAAGAGCCCUUCAUGGUUCAGGCCAAUCCUGACGCUUCCCUGCGGCCGCGGUGACCGUGGCGGCGGGAGAUGCGCCUCGCGGGUGACAGCGGCCUCGGGAACCCUUUCCUCCAGGAGAAUGUGCCAGAGGCACAUCUGCACUGUGCGGCCCACUGUGCCCUGGGCACCGCGAGCUGUGAUGGAGAUGGCAAUAGCGACGGUGGCCUCCAGGCGUCGCCGACAGAAGCAGGCAGUUCUGAUCCGGAGUUGGAGAAAGUUUCCGUGGAGGAUGUUCCCGCCUCUCCAUCUCUUUAUAAAGAGCCUCCUGGGACUCCACGCACUGGUUGGCUAGCCCACCAAGGACCUGGGGCCAGUGCAGAGGAGGAGUGUGAAUCCCAGGAUGUUGGAGAUGAAUACGAGGCAUCCAGUCUCGGACCAAACCCUGGAAUGAAGAGUGGCUGGGGACGUGGACACUUGGCCUCCAACAAGGACGAAGACCUGGAUAACAAUAAAAAGUCGGAGUCUACAUUGAGGAACUCACCAGGAGCGAUCGACGAGCAGGUGUUUGACGCCAUGGAAGGUAGCAGCGAUGUGGGGAGGUCGCCCCGCUCGCCUCCCCGCGCCCCAGGCCCUCGACUGGGCAAGGAUAAGGAAGCGUACGUGCUGCGGCCGGCGCUGCGCGGCCGCACGGUGCAGUGCCACAUCAGCCGCGACAAGCGCGGCGAAUUAAAGGACUUGUUCCCUUUCUACUAUCUGUACCUGGAGGCGGCUGACGGCCGGAAGCACUUCCUUCUGGCUGUGCGCAAGAGAAAAAAGAGCAAAACCUCUAAUUACCUCAUCUCCCUGGACCCCACAGACCUAUAUCGGCAUGGGGACAACGUAGUGGGCAAAGUCAGCAUAUCUAAUAUCUUAGGCACCAAGUUCAUUAUCUUCGAUAAUGGGGUGAAUCCAGAAAGGAGGAAUUUCUUCCCAGAGACUGCUCGGAUAAGGGAAGAGCUGGGGGCUGUGUAUUAUGAGACCAACAUCUUGGGAUUCCGAGGGCCCCAAAUGACUAUGAUCAUUCCAGGAAUCGACGCCGAGAACUACAGAAUCAGCGUUCAGCCACAAUAUGAGUCGCUACUGAGCCGCCUCCAAUGCGGGGCCAGCCAUGGGCUGGUCGUGCUGCAAAACAAAGCCCCGUGGUGGAGCGUCCAGAGAGGAAUCUACGAGUUCGAUUUUAAUGGUCGAGUCACUCGGGACUCGGUCAAGAACUUCCAGAUCGCUCAUCCCGAUGAUCCGGACUAUCUGGUGCGCCAGUUUGGCCGCGUGGCCCCAGGCACGUUCAUCAUGGACUUCUGCUUCCCGCUUUGCCCACUCCAAGCCUUCGCUGUCUGCUUGUCCAGUUUUGAUGGGAAGCUGGCGUGUGGGUAAUCCAGUAAAAAUACCAUACCCUCACCAGCUUUCGUGCCUCAUUUGGAGAAAGGGCCCUGCAUACUUUCUCUUGUACCACUUUACUAAUAACCAGCACUUAUUAGAUUCCAGUCCUGUGAUCUAGGGAGUGGGCUGUUCAGCAACAUCUGCUCUUGUGGAACUCAAAUUUGUGGGAGAUCGGUUUUCCAGAACAAAAAGUCAAAAUAAUUGUCUGCUUUGAAGGAGAAAAACAUAUGGAUGCACAAGUCAGCUGGGUCAGAGGAAGGCACCUCUGAAAAAGUGAUUUUCUUACUACAUCUGAAGAAUCAUGAGGAACUCGUUCUAGAGGGUCAGGGAUGGGAACAUUAGGCAGUGGACACAGCUCACACAAAGGUCUUAAGGAAGAAUGGGGCUUGGUGGGUUUGGGGAAAUGAAAGGGGAGUGUUGCAGGAGUCUGGGGAACCAAUGCUGAGAGGGUCAGGGUAUGAGACCAGACAGAGUGCAGACAUAUGGGCCACUCGUUGGAACUGCUGGACAGAUCUUGGGGUCAGAGGAGUUCUAAGCCAGACACAUAAACCUGGAUGGGUAACUGAAAACAUGCAUGGGUGAGACAGAUAAAAAUUGUACUACUAGCUAACAUAUUUGAUAAGCAUUGUUUUAAAUAUGAACUCCUUUGGGGUCUUACAAUCCUGUAAGGUAUGUGUCAUCGUUAGCCACACUUUACAGGUAAGGAAAGUAAGUGUAUGGCCGUAGGGCUUAUACAUGUGAAAUUGGGCAGCUGGAAACUUUGAGGAAUGUAGCAUAUGAAGGCCUGUAGGGGGAUGAGUCUUUAUAUUCUAGGGAGGCACAGAAACUGGAGCUUAAUCCUAUUUUAGGUAUCAGUGAGUUCAGCUUUAAGACCCCUUGGAAAGAUAAUUGCCCAAGUCUAAUAAAAUUUAGGCAGAAGCCAAAGAAAAACUACCAAACCCACCAGCUCUUAGUUCAAAAGGAGCCUCAGGACAAUUAGUUGCA